GUCUAUAUAGGUGUGCAGCAGAUAGGAAUAUGAAACGACAACAAAACAAAAAAACGUCGGCAUACAAUUUGGUAUAUGGCUCAACAUUUUUUAUUCCAACUAUGCAUUGAUUUGAAUGGAAUGACAUCACCACUCUUUAUGAUUCUUGGUUCAAUCUCUGUAUUCAUUAUAAACAUCUGCCAUCUUUAUAUAUAACGUGUUUGCUAAAUGAAAAUCACCAAUCCGUUUUUCUAUUUUUAUUGAUUUUUUUUUGUUCGUCCAAAAUAUCGCUCAUAAAUGCCAAAAUAAAUCCAAUUCAAAAAUGCUAGUCAUCAUUACAAUCAUCUAAUUGUUUUAAUUUGAAUUUCAGUAUAUUACUUGAUUUAAAAUUCGAUUGUCUUGAAGUAUAUUGUUCAUAUUUUGCCUUAAUCAUAUGAAAUCAUUGUUAUGAAUAAUUUUUUGUUUUGUGAAUUAAUACUAUGAUGAUGAUGAUAUGAUGAUGAUGAUCAAUGCAAGUAACACUAUUCAAUCGUCAUCGAUUAGUGAUCGAAAACGAACUUUAAUUGAAGAUUUUCUAUCCUCAUCCGAUGAAAAUAUUAAAGAAUUUCAAAUAGAUGAUCAUGCUAUUGAAGCAAUUUUCGAUUUAUUAGAACAUCCAGAACGUGAUAUUGAGUUGUUCAAAUCAAUUACCAAACGGCUUUAUAGCAUUUAUAAAAGUCAAGAUCGAGAAUUACGACUGAAAACAUUAAUUUUUCUACCAACAUUGAUCGCUGUUUAUAUUCGCUGUCAUCAUAGAAAUUGUUUUACUACAAAAGAUAAUGACCUAAAAUCUGAACCAAAAUCUUCCAUAGCCAUUCUAUUGAUGUGUGUUUAUAAUUUUGAAAUAAUCAAUCAAAAAACCGGGGAUUUAAAAACAAUUGAUGUUCGGUUAAUUUCAUUGGCAAAGCCUUCUAUUUAUCAUGAACAAAGCGCUCAUACAUCCGGACAAGCUUCAAUACCUACUGAACAAAUGUUGGCCAAAAUUAAUAAUCCACAAGAAUCUCGAAUUACAAUCUUUGGUCCAUAUCAUGAAGUAGAACAAUUAAAUACGGGCAAUCAACAAUCAGUAUUUACCGUAUUGAUGAAACUUUACAAUCAACAUAUUCAAGAGGCAGGUUAUUAUUCAUGGCAAUCAAUGUUACGUUUAUAUCUGGAACUUUUGAAACAAGGUUGCAUGUUACAGCGAACUUGUACCGAACUUAAACAACAAAUUAAAGCAAUUCUGCAGAAUGAAUCUAGCAAUAAAAUAAAUUCCAAAGAUAAUGAUAAUAACUCUGUCUUAAUACCGGAAACACUCCAAGUUCAAUUUACAUCAGAAUUCUUGACAGAAUUAAUGAAAGCUAGUUAUUUUUGUUAUCAUAAUGAAUUGGAAGAUUUAGCAUCAGUGAUUGAAGAAAUUUGUAAGCGUUCUACUUACAAAUUUUAUGGUGAUGUAAUUCUGAUGGUGAAUGCAUUCAAAAAUACACAAGCAAUAAUCAAUCGUGAUAGAGAAGAUCAUCGAGCCAAGAUGAAACGUAUUAAUCAAUCAGAGAUUAGUUUGAAUGCCACACCCCCAGUUACAACGAUGACCUCAGUUUCAUCCCGUAAAGCUGCCAUUACAAAUGCUUCAUUCAAAACGAAAAAAUUGCCUGACGAUAUUCCGAUUGUGGCUGGUCCUGCUACACAACCUGCCGCUAAUUUGAAUGCUCAACAAGCACAUUCUAAAAAUUCAUUACAGCCACGUUCAUCAUCAUCGCAAUCACAACAGCAAAAACAAAAUGGUCGUCCAUCAUUCAAAUCAUUGGAUUCUAUCAACGAGGAAGCAUCACCUCUAUCAUCAGCUGGUAAAUCGAAUAAUUCUAACGUUUCAAAUUCCAAAAUUUCGUCCAAGCCUCCACGUAAAGGUGUUAUAAAUAUGUUAAAAGAAUUAAAAGAUGGUGGAAAACAAUCCAAGAAUAAAUCCUCAAAACAAUUAGCAUUGGAAACAAAUGGAAAAAUUAUAAAUUCCAAUCAUAAUCAAGAUGAAUUGAUACCGAUGAAACAAAUGAAAAAUCCAAAGAAAUUUAUUGAUGAUGAGGAUGAAUUGGAUAGAUCAAGUGAUGUGGAUUCCAUACACAUGAUAGGUCUGAAUCCUCCUCUGGCACCAUUAGAACGAUUCACCGAUGAUGAUGACGAUGAUGAUGAUAAUAAAAGCGAUCAAGCUAUGAUUGGUAGCCUCCAUUCCAAUGAGAGAUUCAAAUUAAGGAUCGAAAUCACUGAUCCUUCAUCUGAUGUACAAUCGGAUCGUUCUUCAGGUGCAUCAGCUGUAGCUUUAUUGGGCAACAACGUAAAUCAACAGAAUUCAAAUAAUGGUCAACAACAUAAUCAGAAUGCCACAUCGAAUUCUUCAUCAUUGAUUAAAUCGUCGUGAUUCUCAGUCGUUUUCUUUGAUGCCAAAGUUAUGAUUUUAAAAAUAUGGAUGAUUAAACAAUUUUUUAUUGUUGUCACCCUUA